UCUUCCCGUGCGGUGUCAUUCCUGAACACGCAGUCAGGUGUCGCGUGUCUUUUGCGUUACCGGCGACGUCCAUGAUUUUCCCACGUCCACGUAGCGUUGGUUUUUUAUCUCCCAUUUUAUCACCGGGAGAGCUGAGCUGCUGGAUGAAAUGUUUUGAGAGAAAACUGACGUCGUGUAGGCGUGGUGUGUGCCAGCGUGCAGAGAGAAGCCCACCGCAGAACCGUUAAUCCAGUCCGGACACCACGUUUUAGUGGAAUUUAGCCUACAUUUGGCCAAACUUUAUCAUCCGCUGCUAUUUAUAAAGGGAUUCAUUCAUAGCAGACUAUUUGAGAGGAUAAGUUUGUAACUCGCCUGCUCGAUGGAAAAAAGAGAACGCCCAGCACAGCAUCUCAAAUCGAGGUGAGAGUGCGCUUUAUAAACCGACGCCGAGGCACCGCUACCAUAGUGAAUGAGAACCAGCAACGUUUAACCAGACCGACAAGAAUACCUCUCACUUGAUGACUGACACCAUUUAAGACAGACGUGGAUCUUCAGCCAGUGAUGUAGACUAGGAUGAUGAAGUUACAUAGGGAAGGCUGUGUGGGGAGGAAGAGCAUCGCCUGAUUCUCCUCCACUUCCUCAUCCCCUCUGAGUCGUGUCCUCUGAUUGGGUGGGCGGAGCACAAUGUCAUCGACCACACCCACCUCAGCCCCGCCUUCCAAGAAGACGCGUGGGAAGGAGAGGACGGAGGUCAUGGGCGACUUGCCGCAGACAGCCAAUGAGGAGCUGAGGAGCAAGCUGAUGGAUUUCCAGAUAGAACUGCAGCAGGAGAAGGGCAAGGUCUCUAAGCUGAGAGAGCGUCUCCAGGAGCAGAGGCAAGCCAGGGAGCUGGAACAACACAAACACACAGUGGUCCUCACCGACCUCCGCGCCAAACUGCACGAGGAGAAGCUCCGCGAGCUGGCUUCCGCUCGCGAGUCGUUGGCACGGCAACACGAGUUGGAGCUAUCACGUACCAUUAAGAUCCGCGACGGGGAGGUGCAGCGGCUCCAGGGGCUGGUCCAUGCGCUAAGGGACGGGGCGGCUGACAAGCUGAAGAGCGCCCUGCUAGGAGAGGCCCGGGAGGAGGCCAGGAGGGCCUUCGAUGGGGAGAGACUCAAACUGCAGCAGGAGGUCAUGAAGCAGGAGACGGCACGGAAGCAGGUUGAGGAGGCUCUGGCUAACGCACUGCAGGCAGACAAGGCCAAAGCAGCCGACCUCCGAACAGCCUACCAGCAGCACCAGGAUGAGAUUAACCGCAUCAAGAGAGACUGCGAGAGAGACAUCCGAAGGGUGAUGGAUGAGCUGAAGGGGAAGGACCGUGUGGUGUCUGCGUUGGAGAGGGAGCUGGGGUUGCAGGCAGGUUAUGCUCAGAAGCUCCAGCUGCAGAAGGAGGCUCUGGACGAGCAGCUGGGCCAAGUCAGGGAGGCAGAGAGGCACCACGGCAGUCCCAAGAGAGAGGUGGUCCCUACCCUGGGGGAAACCCAGGACUAUAUCAACAACCAGGAGGUGGAAGAUCUUCGGGAUGCGAGGAGGUUCCAGCUGAAGAUAGCUGAGCUCCACUCUGUUACCAGGAAGCUGGAGGACAGGAACGCACUGCUGGCAGAUGAGAGGAACGAACUGUUGAAGAGGGUGCGUGAGGCAGAGAGUCAGAUGAAGCCCCUGUUAGAUAAGUAUAAGAGGAUGUCGAAGAAGAAUGAUGACCUCCUGCAGACUUUGCAGCGCAUGGAGGAGAAACUCAAGAACCUCAGCAGAGAGAACGCAGAGAUGAAGGAGAAGGCGCACUCUCGUUCCCAGCAGCCCCAGCAGCUGAAGAGGCCUACCUCCCUGACAGACCUAAGCCACGCCCACGAGGAACAGGAAGUGGAGUUCCUCAAGCUGCAGGUUGCCGAGCAACGAGGCAUCAUCGACGAACUCACGCAGGAACGUGACAGACUGAUGCUCUGCAAAAAUAACCGAAGAAAAACCCUCAAACUACCACCUAAAAGGCAUGUUGUGGAGACGUAUUUUGGAUUUGACGAGGAGUCUGUGGACUCUGAAACGUCCUCUCUGACCUCUUACAUCACUGACCUCACGGACCGUACCCCCGCUACACCCGAGGAGGACCUGGAAGACGGUGUAUCUCGUGAAGAGGCAGAACUGAGGUUCAGACAGCUGACCAGAGAGUACCAGGCUCUCCAGCGGGCCUACGCCCUCCUGCAGGAACAGGCUGGGGGGUCGCACGACGCUGAGAGAGAAGCCAGGAACCGUGAGCAGUUGCAGGUGGAUCUAAUAGGCUGCAAGGCAAAGAUUGGCGACCUGGAGAAGGCAUUAGCCGAGAGGGGGCAGGACUCUAAGUGGGUGGAGGAGAAGCAGUACCUCAUCAGGGCCAAUCAGGAACUCCACGACAAGAUGUGUGUGUUACAGCAGGCUGAGUCGAAGCUGCAGGCAGAGGUGCAGGACUCGAGGGACCAGAAUGAGCUGCUGGAAUUCAGAGUGCUAGAGCUGGAAGAGAGGGAACGCAGGUCUCCUGCCAUGGGCUUCCACAUGACCACCUUCCCAGAGAACACCAACAGCGCUCUGCAGAUAUACUGUCAUCAGGAGGGCAUCAAGGAUGUGGUUAUUCCAGAUCUGAUGAAGAAGCUGGAUAUCCUGGGAGAUAAUGGGAACCUGCGUAAUGAGGAGCAGGUUGUCGUCAUUCAGGCGAGGACGGUUCUCUCAAUGUGUGAGAAGUGGUUAAAGCAGAUAGACAGCACAGAGGCAGCCCUGACCCAGAAGAUGAUUGACCUGGAGAAUGAGAAGGACCUGUUCAGUAAGCAGAAGGGCUUCCUGGAGGAGGAGCUGGACUACAGGAAGCAGGCCCUGGAUCAGGCCUACAUGAGGAUCGCGGAGCUGGAGGCUACGCUGUAUAACGCUCUGCAGCAGGAGCCCGGGGGGCGUGCGGUGGCAGAGUCUCUGUCCGACAGGCAGAGGGAGGAGCUGGGGCUAGCCGUGGACAAACUGCGGAGGCAGAUACUCAGGCAGAGCCGCCAGUAUGACAGUCAGAUCUUACAGGAGCGCAUGGAGCUCCUACAGCAGGCCCAGCAGAGAAUAAGGCAGUUGGAAGACAUGAUUGAGAUGCAAAAGAGACAAGUAAAGGAAAUAGAAGAAAAGUUUUUGUUCCUCUUCUUGUUUUUCUCUCUAGCUUUUAUUCUUUGGCCUUAAUGACACUGACAUGGACCGACAACAGGUGCUAAGGUGCUCAGGUGGAGAGUGAGGAAGAGAAACACAACAUUUUUUUUUUUUUUUUCAUGCAUUUAUAGAUGGUUCACAAACCUUAUAUGGCCUUUUUGAUACACGUGCACUUUUGUGGAAAACAUUUACCUGGAAUGCAAAACAAAACCAGGACUUUGAAAAGUGAACAAAUAUCAGAGACAUGUAAAAGAGGUAUAUCAGAGAUUUUUUUUAUUUUUUAUAACGGAAAUGUCCCCUACCAUUUUUGGAAGUGGAACAUUUAGCCAAACUCUAAUGUGAGUUCUAAAAAGCAAGAACAUUGUAACUGGAACUCUGAAGCAGGUCAAUAAAGGAACAGAGCAACUGAGAUGGAGACAGUGCCUCAGAUGGAUUUAGAGCCAGACAACGAAAGAGUGCAAUCGUAGAGGAGGAGGAAGGAGGAGGAAGGAGAAAGAGUUGAUUCAAAAAAGCAGGACGAUUUCCAAACAGACGAGCCAAGUCCUGGGCAUUCCCAGAAAGCUCAGUGCAGGAGGGUCUCCAUGGAAACAGCUGGCGAAACGGCUGUCAUGGCCAAAGUUCAAUGAGCAAGAAGUGAAAGCUUUGUACUCCGGAGUAGAGCGACACCAGAGGACUACGGGGACAGAAUGUGUCACCGGUCUGUGAAACACAAAGAAUCCUCAAUAGCUGUGACCUCCAGGUUUUGACCCAUAGAGUGAACCGUCUAGAGCACAGCCUGAGAGACAACGUCAGCUCCUUUACUGAGUCUGAGAGCUUGCUGCACAACAGAGAGUUGGAGGUGCCAGAGCAGAGCCUGCUACAGAAGGUGGAGGACCUCACAGCACACUCAGUCCUCCACUGUCCCAGCAUGCAGCGACGCCAGAGGCUGGACGAGCGGCUCCACGCGCUCAGGGAGGAGGUGCGCUUCAUGUACCAGGAGAAGGAGCAUAGGAAUCGUGUGUGUGGAGGGAGAGGCUACAGUGCUGCCAGGCCCAGCUCCGGGCUAAAGAGGAGGAGAUGGGUUGCCAGCCUCAGUACUUUGAGCACUUUAAGAGCCAGCUGCAGCUCAAGUUCGGCCUGGCCAGAGACGAGGAGCAGGGCCUGCAGACCAGAGUCCACCAGCUGGAGAGACAUGUUCUGAAGAUGUCUGUAUCUUCAUCCACCAACAUAGCCACUGUCAACGCAGCUAGCGUCAACUACCCUGUCAUGGUGCCAACGGUACACAGAGUCCCAAAGACUGGCCCACCCAAGGGAGGAAAGAGAGGAGGAGGAUGGGGAGGAAAAUACACAGUGGAGACGCUACGGACAGCACCUCCAGCAGAAGCAGGGAGAGGAUGAUAUAGAAAUAGAGGAAGAAAGAGAGGGGGAGAGAGAGAGAGCGUGAGGGUGAGGGAGAGGGGGGUGAGGACAGACGGAGAGGCUUCAUCCUCAGCCUCCAGGAGGACCUCAGGGGGCUGUUGGAGAAGGAGGAGCAGGGGCUGGAGGAGCGGAGGGGGCUGUUGGAACAGCUGCAGGAUGCGCAGCAGAAUGGCCACUUCCUGUCGUGUAAGGUGUAGGAAAUGAGGACUCUGGUCCACAGGCUCAAGCUGAAUGAGAGCUCCAUGACGGAGGAGGUGGAGGAACUGCAAGAGGAGAACCAGAGACUGUAAGAGGCUCAGCCACACCCUGAGACAGAUCAACCACAGCCCGGGCUCUACUGACCCCCGUCUCUACCCCCAGCCCUAACUCUGGUGCCAGCCCAGGGACUCCAGCCCCAGCCUGGCUACUGCCCUGCCAAACACCCCUGCCCUGGCUCAACCAGUCCCCUGCCACGUGGACAACACUGACCCGGUGAGUGAUGACAUUGAAGCUAAUGUGGAGUUGACUCUUAAUCAGUAGUAGAUCUUAAGUCUAAAUUGUUGAAGAGUUUGGCCUCAAGAAUGUAAAUGAGUACAAUUACAAGCAAAUUGUACAAUGGAUUAUAAUGUGGGAUUGUCAUGGGUUUAGCUGCACAGUGGAAUGUUGAUCUGAUUAACUACAGAUGAACUAAAGAGUGUGGCUGGCUUGUGUGUUUGAGACUGGGAGCCUAGGGGACUGGUGUCUUGGUCCUGGGGGCUUCCCCUCUCUCAACCUGAGAGAGGAGACUGAAGCACUGAGAGAGGCUUACUGGAGCAUGGGGGCGAUGUGAACUCACUCCGGGACCACAGGGACCAGCUGGAGAGCACGCUCUGACACACACAGGACCAGCUGCACAGGGUGACCGAGGAGAAGGCCCGACUGUAAUGUAAACUCAGGAAGCAGGGAGAAACGGGGGGCCUGUGAGACGGAGCGGGGGUUCUAGCUAGGAGGGAAAAGCAUGACAGGAAAUGCCCAGGAAAACAGUGUACCAAUUCAUAACCUAAUUCCCAUAACCUAAUUCCCCAGGUUAGCAGAAAGCUUACCACAACUCCAACCCAGAAUAAUACUACCCUAGUCUUAGCCGAUAAUGACCUAACCCUGUAUGCCUUAGCCCUGGAUGACCUAGCUCUAGCUUUGAACCAGGAGAACCAAGGCAUAGGGCAGGCGUAUCAAGGAGCUCCUGCCCCACAUAGAGAGCCGGGAUAGUAAGGAUAGUGAGGGGAAGCUAGAGAGGGAGAGCUGGAGCAGGAGAACCAGGAGCAGGGAGGUCUUAUAGCUGAGCUAACCAGGAAGACCGAGGAGGACCUCAACACUAUCAUGGAGCUGCAGCAGAGACUGACUGAGAGCGGUCAGCUUGGUCUACAACAGGGUGACCAUGGUUUGACCACUGAGUCAGAGUGUGGUCAAAAGGGUGAGCAUGCGGUCGGGUCAGUAUUCGCUCAACAGGGUCAACCCCCGGUAGGGUUCGUGACCAGUCUAGUCGGUGAAUAGUGGUGAACUACAGGUUGACCACACGACCGAGUCAGUUAGGGAUCAAAAGGACAGCCAUUUGACCACAGAGUUAGUGUCCAUGCUGAGAGAGGAGAGGGGCGAGCUAAUUGGGUCUCAGUGAUCUCAAAGGGGAAAGGGAACAGGUUUCCCCUCUCACUCAGGUGUCAGACAGGGAAACACCAGCUAACACGCUCCGUGUGGGUCCUGGAAGAAGAACGCGACCGGGUCAAUCAGGAACUCUGCGGUUUAAAAGAAGAGCAAGUACAGUUUACCAGGUCUGAAAGAUAAGAGACAAGGUGGUAUGGUCAAUGUGUGGUUUAAAAGAGGAGAGUGACCAGCUAGUUCCGUCAAGGUCUGGACUCCAGGAGGAGAGAGACCAGCUAGUUCAGUCAAUGUCUGUUUUCUACAAGGAGAGAGACCAGCUUGUUCCGUCCAAUGUCUGGUUUCCAGGAGGAGAGAGACGAGCUCUCGCAGUCUCUCUUCAGUCAACAAGAUGAGAGACCAACCUAACGAGUCACUCCACAAUCUAGAAGGGGAGCGAGACCAGUUGAUGCAAUCCAUGUGGGGUUUAAAGGGACAGAGAGACUAGCUAACACAGACACUCAGCCUUCUGGAGCAGGAGAGAGACAAACUGCCUUUAAACAGAAGACAGAGACCCGGUCAACCAGUUUAAAGAAGAGCGAGAGCAGUUGGUUCAGUCAAUGGCUGUUCUGUGCGAACAGAGAGAGCAUCUCACAGCGGAGAGAGAGACCAGUUGCAGAUGGACGUCGCUCCUUUACGGAAUCAGCUACUGUCACAGGGGCGGAGUCACAACCAGCGGGUACUCUGAGAACCACGUUGGCAUGGCAACACACAUAGAGGGUGUGGCUACAGAGAGCGGGGUCGCUGCGCUACCAUACGGAUGAUGAUGUCGUUCAGAGAAGCCUGGCCACGGUCUACUCCUACAAGACCAUCCGCCUGGGGCAAUCUGCAGAGGGAACACUUGGAAGAGGUGACAGGUGGAGCAGAGUGAACUGAUGGAGGAGAUCAAGUCGUUGGGGGCAGAACACAGAAGGUCACGAGCCGAACUGGAGAAGAACCAAUCGGAGGAUCUCCCUUCCAAGACCAGACACCAGGUUUACUCCAGUCCCCCACCAGGUCAAGGAAACUAUCCAGGUUACCCCAAACCUUGCUGCCCUCAACCGACCCAAGCAUACCCCCAUAACAGCUACCCCUUCUACUACUACUACUACUACUGCCCCCGCUCGGACUGUUAAAGCACGAAGUACCACUACCUCGUUGAAAACUGCCCCUCCAACAAUUACCCUUAAAACUACAGCCCUCACUAAAGCUGCCCCCUCCACCUCUGCUCUGCCCCCCACUGAGAAGACAUGACUGCCUGAUGAGGACCAUUGUGUCAAGAAGCUCCUCUGCAACUGCCAACCUGAACAAGCUAAAGCAACCAAACCCAGAGCUAAGCCGGAACCUCCAGCUGAGGUGGGCUCUGUUGAGGUCAUCGGGAUGGUGGGACAGAGCAGCCUCAUGAUUGGCUGGAUGAGCUGGGCUGCAGCAACGGAACCUUUAUUGGCUCCACCCAACCAGUGAGUUCUACAGACAUGCAUGUGUACUUAAUAUUUUGUACACUCAGUUUACCACCCUGGUGAGAGCAGAGGUCGGACUAGCUGGCCAAUCAGAGGCUAGAAGCAGUGCAUGCACAAGGGUGAGGGUGCAUGGCUAUCACCCGAUUGGCCAGGGCCACAGCCUGGUGACCUCUCACAUGAGUGGGGAUAAAAGGUGAGAAUGGGUUAGAACGGGUGAGACCAAGCAACGGGUAAUCAAGUUGCAAUGUCUGUGACGUCUAGGAGGAGUAAUUCUGUACAGCAACCCUACCCUGACCCAACCAUUUCAUCUUUCAAUGUUUUACUGCAGAUUUUCAGCCGCACUGUCCAGUUGAAACCUUUCUCACCAGAUUCAGAAGCUCAAACGGUAAUGCUACAGUCCUCUGGUGGGCAGCCCUAACCUCCACCCUAGGAGAGCUGGCCCAGAGAGAGGGAGAUACUGUCACGUUGCUAGGCAACCCCCGCAACGACGGCUUCUGUGAGGCCGAGGUGAAUGGCAGACUAGGUCUGGCUCCUGUUGCCUUCCUAGAGGAAGUUCUUGAUCCAGACAGACAUGUAAGCCCCGAAGCAACAGAUGAUAGUCCGCUGUGACUGCCAAUCAGAGAGAGCGCAAGAUGAUAGGCCACUGUGACUGCCAAUCAAAGAGAGGACAAGAUGAUGAGCCACUGUGACUGCCAAUCAAAUGAUGCUUCCCUACAGAGAGAUUAUAGUGGCCAACAUUCAUGACGUCAACAAACGCUGCCUGCCCGUGACAAAAACAUUCAUAAGUGCUCACAGCCUAAAGUCAUUAGAAAUGGAAAGCUACACUAAAGCACUAGCCGAAAUGUGGGUGUGUUUGUGUGUAUGGCCCAGUUUGACAUUGUGCUUCUCUAAACGGAUGCUUUUAACCUACAUCCUGCUCAUUGAGAUCGUGUCAAAUCACCUCUGUUCUUCAAAAUCCCAUGCUUUUCUUUGUCUAAUCUCUCGUGGACAGACACACUUAACUGGUAUCCUAGUGUCUGUCAGCAGACUGUGGGAUGCGUCGACUAACGAGGAACUUUGUUUCCGGUGCACAGAUUUUUCGUCGCUGAUUAUUUUGGACAAAUUACGAUUUUUCCGCCUUCCAUUUUCGGGAAGAGGAGGGGACAUUUGGACCAUGGACUUGCCUGUAAAUUGCAACUGGAGAGGAGUUAACGGCCUGCGGCCCCUCCGCGUUCUAGUGUUUUUCUAACACAUCUGCCCGCAGAACAUAAUCAAGCAUCUGACACAAUUACACAAGAUUUUUGUUUUGGGUUUCCGAGAUUAUUCUGUAUGUGACAAGUGUCAAAAACGAAGGUGGGCCUGAAUGAUGUGACAACCUGUCUAACAAUCUGUCCGAAAGCCUCUCUAACAUGUUGGUGAUAUCAAGUGAUAAUGUUUUACGUGAUGAUAAAGUGAAGUCGUUUUCACAAGGCCAUUUUACUUGAUCUUUAGGCAUCGAGCCAAAUAUGAAAACAAAGCUCCAUCCCAAAGACUUUGAUAUUUCUGUUCCUCGUCGUGACGUUUACAGAAAAUGUUUUUUUUUUUUUGAUCCAAGUUAAAUCAUGAAGUCAAUUGUCUGAGCUGUUCUUCCACUGUAGAAUCGACUCAAUCUAUGAAGUCAUGCCAUUCAGAUGGAUGGACGUUUGUGACUGAUAUAUUUUGUAGAGAUGAUUAAAUAACCGGAGGUAUGCAAAGGCUGAGUACUUUAUGUGUGGCUUUCAUCUCCUCAUUCUCUGUCUACAGGCCUAACUGACGUGUAGCUUUUACAUUCUGACCUGAUUCUCCAAAGGCUUCUCAAAUGAAACUGAGAAAAGACACACAUUCUGUUUACUGCAUACAUGUCUUUAACUGAUUAUGAUGUAUGGUUGGGGGAAUGGCCAUGCUGCCACAAAUAUAUUUUAUAUAUCA